AUGAUACGAUCAAGUUUAAAUUUGAUAGUUGCGUGGAUAACAAUUUUUUCUCUGACGUCUUCGAUAUCAGGUCUUGGAACUUUUACACAUAAUGAAACGAAACCAUUUGAAAAUAAACCUUGGAUGUGGCAAUACGGGAAAUAUAUCGAUGGAACAGUGGUUAUUCGAAUUUUUAAUAAGGAUCCUGAUGCUAAUACAUCUGAUACUGGACUGUGGACAAGACCGAUGUUAUCUUUACGCAUUAUUCAUCCCAAUGGAACUGUCAGUGAAAUAGACAAAGACCUAGGAAUUCAAGAAUUUAACUGGUACAUUUUUAUAGCUCCUGAUGGUUCUAACCAAGACCCUAUAAAUAUAUAUGCGCUUCAAAAGGGCUAUUUGCUUGUUAGAUACUUUAAUGCUUCAGAUACGAACAAUUCUACAACUUAUGAAGAAUGGGGACGUAUUAUUGAUUGGAAUGGCAAUUUAUAUGAUGAAAUAUAUUUAGGGGGAGUUUACCUUCAAGAUGAUAUAUGGUACCCAUCAGUAGCGAAAAUAGUGCCUAACGUUGAUCCAAAAAAAGGGUUUAUAAGGAUAGCUGGGAGAAAUAUGACUUAUUACGAGUGGCAACAAUUUAUGAUAGGUGAUUCAUUCGAUCUUAAAAAGAUACAAGAAGGAUAUGUUGAUCUUCCCCAAAAAGAUGGAACUUCUGCACAGCUUUAUCCCAUGGCUACUGUUGAUGAGGGUUAUAGUAUAAUUAUGGGAAAUUCCACCGACUCCACUAAUUCCAAUAAUCCUUUUGAAAUUUAUGCCGCGGUGUAUUAUUUAAAAAUAGGAUAUAAUGAAACACAAUUUAGUGCGUCAAAACUGCUUUAUCAAUCAUCCUUACCUAAUAUUACAUUAUCUAACCUGCUAUGUAGUAUUUCAAGUUCUGGAGUUGGACAAGUUUGUACACUCAACAUCAUACAGAGCAAUUUCAUUAAUUCCACAAAUUCCACAAAUUAUACAAAUUAUUAUGUGAAACUUGAUUUCUUAAUAUCUGGCUCUGUAACAAAAAUCACCCCAUUAAACAACUUACCCGAAUUACCCUCAAAUAUUACUUUAGGAUGGACAAUGGAAAGUAUUCCUUUUGGUGGUUAUUUAGUAUAUGGUACUUUUCAGGAUGAAGACGGUCAUACCAAUGCUUAUGGAUACUAUUUUAACGAAAUUGAUUAUGAGGAAUGGGAUUUUCCAGAACCAUCAAUGUUAAAUAACGUGGGAACUUUGAUAAUUCUGCCUAAUAAUACUUUGUUGAUAUCACAAUUAGAAACUUUAAAUACUUGGAGUUUUCUUACCACUGAUAUGCCUAACUACUCAGGAAAUUCGGAUAAUGGUUAUUCAAAUCUUCUAAUAGAAUCUACAAGUCCCUCAAUAAAUUCUAGUAUUUCUAAUAUUUCAAAUUUAACGGAUAUGGGUAAUAUUACAAUCACAUAUUAUAAACCAGUAGAACUUUCUGAUGGAAAUAUUUGGAUCUAUCGAAUUGAUGAUAGUAAAGACAAAGUUAACAACAUUACUCAAAACGUUACUCGACAAUUUGUUAAUUCCAACGAUAAUGAAUUUUGUCGUAUCUCUAAUAAUGGAUUAACUGUAACUAUAAAAGUUAUCAUAAGUACCUUUAGUUAUCCUAAUAGCCAAUUUUAUGUUGAAGUUGAUAAUAAUUUUGUAAAAAGCAAAGAAUACGGUGAACCUUUAAUGGGCAUAUAUGAUAAUAUUUGGAAAUUCAAUACAAGUUCAAGAGAAGAAACUUUUGCAGAUACAGUAUCUGGAGUGUUGCGUUUAACUACAGAUGGCACUAAACACUACGAAAAUCUUAAUUCAACUGAAAAAGAUCAAUUCUUUUCUGAUCUACGAAUUGAAUUAUCUAAAAUUAUUCCCGUUAAUCUUGAGCGACUGAGUUUGAAUAAGAAAACCCAAGUUGAUAUUAGUAUUAGUCCUAAUCGUCAAUUAUUUAUUUCACUUGUUAUUCAAUCUCAAUCAUCCAAAGAAGAAAGAAGUGUACAAUCUAUUCUAGAUGAUUUAAAUUGGAUGAUUAAAUAUAAAAGUAUAACUUCCAUUAGUUUAUUCCCUACCACAAAUUAUUUAGAUGAAACGUUUGGAUUUGAAACAAGACAAAACUUAUGGGUAAGAUAUAAAAUAAAAUUGUUGGGUGUAAUAUUAGCACUUGGAAUUUUAGGUCGUAACAUGGCAGUUUUCCAGAUUGGAUUAAUUAUUUUUGAUUUUGUAAUGGAUGUCCUUUUCGUCAUUAAGAAUGAAAACCAAAAAAAAACUUUCAUUAAAAACCAAAUUGAAACUUUCUUUGAAAACAAAAACGAACCUAAAACUUUCUUGAAUUGGUUCACUGAAAAUGGAAAAGUGGUAUCAAUAUUUACAAUGUUAUCAGGUGCUGACAUCGAAGCAUUAAGUAUUCUCCAUUCAAAUAUGGCCGGGUUUGAAAUUUUCAAUGCUCCAUUUUCAACUGAAGGAAAAAAUAAAAUCUUUUGGGGUUCUUGUUUAAAUAUUUUUCUUGAAGAUAUGCCACAAGUGAUCAUUCAGAUAUAUUACCAACAAAGUGUGGUUACAUAUGAUAUAAUUCCUUUUCUUACACUCAUCUCUUCAUGCCUUAACUUGUUAAUAAAUAUUAUUGGCAGAUUAUAUCAAGCAAUAAAUAUUUAUCGAAAGAAUAAAGAUGAGUCGCUUCAGACUUGA